AUGGAGUACGUUAUUGCUGAAGAAUAUCACGCACCCAACAACGGCAGGGCCGCAUCCAGCAUGGAGUACUACUCGCCCAAGGGAAAGGCGGCGUCGCAUCUGGAGUACUACUCGAACAAGGGAAGGACGACUUCGAGCAUGGAGUACUUUUCGCCAAAGGAGUUGGACCAUCCCUACAAUGGAAGGCCAGCUUCUGGUUCCAGCACCUACAGCUUUCCGGAGCUUCCGCUGAAACCUCAAGAUCUCCCCAAACCUGUGAUCCCACGUCCGGUGGUGGGCCAUGGUCUUGUGAUCAACUCCAGGUUGGCUUCUUCCUACCAGCCAAACUACGAAGGGAAGAGCUCUGGCCGAACUCUGUCGCUUCCUGCCUACACGGGCUCCAACACCUCCAGCCUCCCAUCCAUGCACUCCAGUGCUUCGACAGUCUUUGCAGAUGCAGAACAGGAUGGUUCUUUUAGCGAGAGCGAAACCCGCUCUCCGAAGCGAGACGAGGAGGUCCGCGCCGGUGUGGGGCUCUUGAUUCAUGAGAAAGUCGACAAGAGCACUGGGUUGGUCUGCAGACUCGUGCAGGAUGUCCUACCGGACAGCGAUGCAGCGAAGAAUGGCGUGCGUGUUGGGGACGAGCUCAUAGCAGGUGCUGUACUUGUCGCGCAUUUUGAGGACGGAGAGUCACGUACAGAGCAGUGGACUGUAAACGGAUCGACCGUGCGGAUUGAUUUGAAGAGGCUCUCUGGGCGAUUCAAAGGGAUUGUCUAUUUUGUGGACUUGGUACGGAGGCCUCUGGUCGGUGUCAGCCAUAGAAGCACACAAGCUACAGUCAAGGAGCUUCACGACUUGACGCCUGAGCAACAGGCGGUCCUUGUGACGGUUCACCUUUGCACCAUCUCGUGA